UCGUGCGCGAGUUCAUGGUGACGGUGGGCGCGGAGACCCGGUCGAAGCUCGCGGUGGACGGCCAAAUCCGGAUGCUGAUCGAGGAGGGCCACAUCACCCUCAUCAGCCCCGAGGGCAAGCGGGUGAUGCGCUGGUCCAUGGGGCAGCUGCGGCGCUUCGGCUACAAGAUCAACAACUUCCACCUGGAGGCGGGGCGCAAAAGCGAAUCUGGGGAGGGCGUGUUCUCCUUCGUCACCAACCAGGGCCGGCAGAUCCACGCCAUGGUGACCAAGGAGAAGGCUCGCACGAGGACCUCCGGCCUGAGCCUGACGCCCUCCCUCCCGGUGGGCCAGGUCACGCCGCCCGAGCCCUCCGACGCGCCCGUCAUCACCAUAGGAGGGCACACCUACGAGGAGGUCGAGGUCAUGCAGAACAAGCCAGCCCCACCAAGCCGCCCCGCCCGAGCCAAAAUAAAUUCCCGAACGACAGCUCCUCCUCCGCCGAGAGCCUUUCGGCGGCGCCUGUGCCCAUCGCCUUCGCCAACAUCAAGUCCCGCGUACCAAGCAGCGUCUCCGGGGGCAUGGACGCCAGACAGGGGAUGAUGCCCCGCCCAUACCCUGCCGCGCAUGGCCCACUACCCGAUGGACGACAGAAACAUCUUUACUCCGAGCCCGAGAUCCCCACCCAAGCUUGGAGGACUCACGGGACCGACGUGUACGACAAGACCACCACUGACAACACCUAUGACACGCUGCAGCACUACAACCACCGAACAAGCCG